ACACGCACGCACACGCACGCACACACUUUGCCCUCACCCGGCCCCGACAGCACUCCCAUCCGCCCCCGCAUCCAGCCCCAUCCCUCUACUUGAUCCCUUUCGCCCCUCUUCGCGCGCGCGCCCGCCCGCCCGCUCCGGACAUCCCCUGCACACAGCCAUGUCCGACAGAUCGAUGUGCGCUGCCAGCGGCGGUGGCCCGCUCGCGGCCAAGGAGCUGGCCGACUUCGCCCAACAAGUGGGCCGGGCUGCCAGCGCGGGCCCGGACCCCGGCGCGGCGCUGGCCGCCCCCGAGUCCGUGCCCCACCCGGUUCCCCGGGCCACGGCGGCGGCCCGGGGCUGCCCCUUCCGCGGGGGCUCCGCUCGGCCGGUGGACAGCCUGCCCGGGCAGCAGCAGCUCCUCGUUCAGCCGGGCGACGGGCUGGCCACCGGCGGGCCGGUCCCGGGGGCCGGCCAGCGCGCGGCCGAGCUGGCCGGCGUCGACCAUGCGGCGCUCCUGGCCGACGAGUGGGCAAGCAUCUACUCGCCGGGGGGCUCGCCGGUGCUCGGGUCGCCGGUGACGGCCCGCCCGGGGCACGCCGUGUCGACGCCGCGGUGUCCCUUUUCCGCGGCCCUGGCCGGGGGCCCGGGGCUCGGGGCGCCCGGGUGGCACGGGCCCGGGGCGCUGUGGCCCGGGGCCGGGGCACCGCCCCCCGCGGCCGACGCCUACCAGGAGCUGGUGGCCGCGCCGGAGGACGUGGCCCGGCUGGACGCCCCGGCCGAGGCCGACGAUGCGCCGGCCGAGUCGCUCCUCGACCCGGACACCCAGCGGCUCCUGCUCCGGGGGAGCGCCGGCGCGGCGGACCUCCUGUCCGGGCCGGGCCGCUUGCAGGCCGAGGCCGCGCGCGCGCAUGCCGCCAUUCGCGAGGACCCCACGCUCGGGGGCGGGCGCUUUGCUCGGUUCAUGUUGGACCUGAGUGCCGGCGCCGCGACCAUCCGGCCCGACGGCUCGGUGUCCGGCACGGCCGAGCCCCAGGCCGCCGACCGGCUCAUCCUGCCCGGGGCCGAUGACCAGGCCGGGCCCGAGGCCGAGGAGGACUUGUCCGGGGUCCAGGCGGCGGUGCAGGCCGCCGCGCGGGCCUUCGGCCUGCGCCAGCCGGCCGACCGGCAGACCGCCCCGAGCACGACGGCCCCCGGCAUGGCGGGAGACGACACGACCGUGGUCCCGGCGCCGCCGGGGCCCGGGCCGGAGGUGGUGGAGGCCGCGCGCCGGGCCGGCCUCCGGGCCUCGGAGGCGCCGGCCCCCGGGCCGGUCCUCACCUGCCCGAUGACCGGGCGCCGGGUGGCCGUGCCGGCCGACGGCCCGGCCAGUGAGGCCGUGCGCCGGGCUCUGGGCGGGCCGCUGGCGGCCGCGCCGGCCGAGGCGCUGCCGGCCGCGUCGGCCGCCGCCCAGCAGUGCCCCUACCUGUCGGCCAAGCUCCAGGGGGCCGAGCACCCGGCCGAUGGGCAGGUGGCCGCGCACCACCCGGCCGGGUCCUGGGUCACGGCCUUCCGCCAGGCCAUCGAGCCCCUGCGGCCGGAGCCCCGGCCCGGGCAGGCGCUCGACGAGUGGACCGAGUGGGAGGAGGAGACGCUCCCGGCGACCGGCUGGCGCCAGCACCGGUGGCUUGGCUGGGGCUAUGAAGCCUAUCGCCGGGCGGACUUCACCGCGUACCGGCCUCGCUUCACGGCCCGCAGCCGGGCGCUCGAGCCGCUGUACCAGGCCCGCGCUGACCUCGGUCCCGGCGACCUGGCCGACGUGCUGGCCCUGGCGCGCGAGCUGUCCCUCGGCGGGCGGGCCGAGUCAGCCGUCGCCCUGCUUGAGGCGGCCCUGGCCCCUGGGGGCGAGGUGUCGACGCCCGGGCUGGACUCGGACGUCGCGGCCGUCGCCGCCAGCCGGGCCGACCUCUGGCAGGAGCUCGGCCGGCUGCAUGUGCAGCAGAUGCGCGACGGGAGCGCCCUCGGGGCCCUCUGGGCCGCGGCCGGGAUCCUCUACCCGGCGGAGGUGGCCGGCGCGUCGGCGGCCGGGUGGGGCCCGACCGAGGCGCCGGUCGCCGGCGUCCCGGCCGCGCCCGCGGCCCAGGUGCCCGGCAUCUGGCUCGAAUUGGCCGGGUGCUACCAGGCGGAGAAGUGCCGGCCGGAGCUCUUCAAAUGCGUCAUGCAGUGGCUGAACCUGGUCAGCCCUGGCCCGGAGCCCUUCGCGCCGGCCAUGAACACCGAGCACUUCUUCGUGGACCUGGUGCGCGCGGUGGCCGGCGUCGGACAGCAGUGUGUCCAGGCCCUGGCGGCCCUGGGCCCGGACCGGGCGGAUCACGGCCCCGAGCGGGCGCGGCUGCUCGAUCGGCUGGCCGCAUCGCAGUCCGCCCUGUCGAUGGUCCUGUCGGUGUCUCCCUCGCCGGAGGAUGUGCGCUUCGCCUGUGAAAGCGCCACCAUCAUGGUGAACGCCCUGCUGGAGGCGCAGCGGCUGUCGGUGACCGGCGCCGGCGGGGCCGGCCCCGCGCCGGGGUCCCUCUCCUUCCGCCUGUACCUGGGGUACCUGCGCCUGGGCGGGCUGCUCGGUCGCGCCGGGGACCAUGGGCCGGCGCUGGCGGCGCUUCGCCGGGCGCAGGAGGCCCUUCGGGGGUGGGCGCAUGCCGCCGGCGCCGAGGGCGCCCCCUCCCGCCGGACCCCCCGGCUGGACUACAACAUGGGCAUCAGUUCUCUGGCUCUGGGCGCCCUGGAGGACGCCUGCGACCAUUUUGCCUCCUCUCUGGCGAACCAGCUGGAGGCCACUGACCACGCGGCCGAGGAAAUGUACGCCUCAGAGGCGGAGGCCGCCGCCGCGGCGGAGCACGCCCUGCGCGGGCUGGCGAUCGCCGAUGCCGACGCCGCGGCGCCCGACUCCCCGAUCCACGGGCUGCGCCGGGCCGCCCGGCACGCCCCCCCGGGGGCCCUCCUGCCGGCCGGGCACCCCUCCACCGCGCUGAGCCCCAGCGGCCAGGACGGCGACGCCGACACCUGGGAAGCCCUGCGCGUGACACUGGUGGAGCUGGGCGAGACGGCCCGGGCCAAGGCGGCUGCCAACCGGGACCUGGCCGGCUGCCUGGCAUGGGAUCUCCCCCGGGGCAGGCUGGCCGCCGGGCCUCCAGGCCUUUGAGGGGAGGCCCCGGCAGGCGGCCAGGCAGGCGGGCGGGCCCCAGGCAGGGUCCCUCGACUGCAAGCCCAUCCGGCCGUCUCCCCCCCCCCUGGCUGGGGCCG